AUGACGGAACCUGAGGGCUUCGAAGAUGAUCUCUUCGCUGAUCUGUACAACGAUGAUGAAGCUCCCAAGCCCCCGCCUCCCACAGCAGCAGCACCAGCCCCCGCUGUCAGCAGCGCCCCCGCGACAACAAUAGAAACCAAGGUCAUCACACCCGUCGUCGAAGAGGCCAAUGGAGAAGCCUCGCCUGGAGGUGCAUUCGACCAAGAUGACGAGGAUGGCGAUGUAGAUUUCGACUUGGGAGAACCCGAAACAAUCUCGUCUCCUCCACCGCCACCACCUCAACCACAAAGACACGAUAUACCCGAAUCACCCCCCUCCACUUCAGGCGCAAUGAUGAAGGCAGGUUCGACGAAGGAAGAUGGCUACAUACAAAACUCGGAAGAUGCAUACCAGAAGGAGGCGGAGGGUAUCGACACGAGUGGCGGAUUCGACGGGACGAUGACAUGGCGUUGGCUCUUGGGCAAGGCGGUUGUCUGA